GUAAUUGCCGCCAUAUCUCUCUCCUUCAUUACUACCAUCCACGGACUCCAAUUCUUCCCACCCCAAAAUGGAGCCGUGAACACAACGUUCUACCUCAACUCAGCUCCACCCCACCAUGUCGUCUUCCUCCGCCACCACCACCACCACCCUCCCGGUGUUGGCGUUUCUCCUCCUCACGACCACCGCGAUCACCGCCGCGCCGAUUAUCGGUCUAGACUCAUUCUUGAGCCACCAAUCCCGAAUGGACCCUCACGCCUCGAACGACUCCUUCCUCUCUCUCCCUUCCUCCGUCAAAAAACCCCUCUCCCACUCCUCCGACUUCUCCCUCUCUCUCUCUCUCCCAAUCUCCCUCUCCCUCCACCUCCUCGGCGACUUCCCCUCCGACACCCCCUCCCUCCUCUCCGCCUUCCUCUCCGCCGCCAGCCCCACCCACUUCCACGUCAUCAGCCCCUUCGAGUCCCACCCUCUCUCCCACAGCCUCUCCCUCUCCCACACCCUACACCUCCACAUCACCCCCUCCCAAACCCUAACCUCCCUAUCAUCCUCUCUCUCCCAAACCCUAACCUCUCAUCUUCACUCCACACCCUCCUCCCUCCGCUCCCCUCUCCUCACCAUCCCACAUUCUUCAAUAGACCAAAUCAUCCAAAACCACUUUAUUAAACAAAACCCUAACCCUAACCCUAACCAAGUCCAUCUCUACCUCCUCAACCUCCCUCCCGAUUCCUCCAAUUCUAAUUCUAAUCCCAAUUCCAAACCCUAUGCUUACACCUACUCCCCCGGCGACUCUUCUGCUGCUGUAACAAAGUGCUCCGGGACGUUCUUCACCUCCUCCCACCGCUUCUUCUGGAUCGACCUCCGCGCCGGCCCCGUCGACUACGGUCCCUCGAUCUCCGGCGACGGCGUCAUCCCCCGCGGCGAGUUCCACCCCCUCGCCGCGCUCCACGGCCGUCCGAAAUCCAACAAGGCCUUCGCCGCCGACCUCGCCUCUCUCGUCUGGAGCGCCUACCACGUCUUCCUCGCCCCCUCCCUCCGGAUCCCCGUGCCCUUCGAGAAUUCACUCGUGAUUCAGUUCGUCCACGUGCACAGCGAGAACGAGAAGGAUUUGGCCGGUUUGGAUUGGAAAUCGAUCGAGAAGAGCUUCAGGUUUGAGGGUAAGAGCAAUGGAUUGCUUUUAGGGGAUCAGAGUUUGAGCUUUAGGAAGUAUGAGAUUAGGUAUUCAGAGUGCUCGAUUUGCUCGUUCGCGAUCUCGCGGUCGAUUAAUUCGUAUACGUCUAGGUUUCUGUUUGAUAAUUAUACCUUGAUUGUGAGUGAGUAUUUGGAUUCGAAGCGAUUACACCAGAUUUUGUCUGAUUCCGGCGAUGAGUUGAGAAAGCUGGCUGGUGUUCCGGAGGAGGACUUUGGCAGGGUUGUUCCUGUGUAUGUUUUUGACUUGGAUUACACUUCGUUGUUGUUGCUUGAUCGGUAUCAUCAGUCAGUGGCGUUUAAGGAUAUGGUGAUUGCGGUUAGGACGAGGAACACGCAGACUGUGAGUGAUUAUAGUUGCAAUGGUAGGCAUGUGUUCAUGCAGACGAGGCAACUUGAGCGGCCGAUUGUUGGGUCGAUUCUUCAGAGUAUGUGGGGGGUGUCUCCAACACAUUUGAAUUGGAGCCCUCAACACAAUGAGACUUUGGUGGAUUAUACGUGGAGUAUGGGGCAGACGCCAUUCGGGCCGUUUUCUGAGAUGCUGAGUUUGUCCUUUGUGCAGAAGGAUGCUGCCAGGAGGAAUGUUCUGUUGACGUCGUUGAAUUACAGCAUAACGAGUGCUAUAGAUGUUCUUCAGAGUGUUGAGACGCAUGGCGGGGCCAAGAAUCUGCUCAAGCAGAAGCAGCAUGUGGAGUUUGUGCAGAGAUGGAACCUUUUCAAGUACAAGCUGAACAAGGCCGUGUCUGCAUUGUCACAUUUGGAUUUUGACAUGGCGUUGUUUUACUUGAGGUCCUCUGAUCACGAUCUGUAUGCCAUUCACUCCAUUGUUUAUCACGCCUCGCAGGAAAUUGAGGCGUCCCUUGUGUGCUUUAGGGACCCUCCAUUUCCCUGGGGUUCGGUCUCUAUUUCUGCAUCAGCUUUCCUUGCUGUCUCUUAUAUUUAUGCAAGACGAGACAAGCUUUUUAGAAACAAAAGGAAGCAAUUUUGAUGCUCUCACUAGAGGAGGACAGAACAGAAGUUUGUAUGAUUUUAAGAAAACACGAAACAAAACAUGUAUCAUUGUACAAGAGAGUGCAACCACAUCGCAUUGUUGCCUCUGCCACCUCUCCAAGCCGAGGCUUUUGCAUCUCCAACCACCCUUUUUGUAAAACACAUAAGCGUUAAGCAAACCACAUUGCCCAAGAUUGAGUCGUCGAAGCUAUGGUGCUCUAGCCAAAUUCCAGUGUCAAAGCUUCCAAUGAUGAUGUCGGAUCCGUAGUUGAUUUGGGACCACCAACUGUGAUGGUUCCUGAGACCAAAACCUAAGGGGAGUGCAUAGUGUGAAGGUCGUCGCGAUGGUCCUCGAGGAAGAUGAGCAUGGAGGGUUGCUGGCUGAUAGAAGCAACUCGUUGGUGCAGAGAAGUCGUGGAAAACUUAGUGUUUAUUUAGUUAGAUUCCAGUUUUUUUUUUUUUUUGUUAGCCUGAGAACGAAAGACGAAAAUCAAACUUUAUUUUGUUAAA